AACGCAAUUAAUCUCCCCCUCAUUCUUCUUGUGCAAAAAUGUUAGUUUCCGAUAUGAUCAGAAAAGGUCUACUGGCCAUUGUUCUGGCUGGAAUUAUUGCUGGAGCAGCGCCUGUAAAGGCUCAAAACUGCGGUUGCGCAGAAGGGCUAUGUUGUAGCCGAUGGGGGUUUUGCGGCACUGGCGACGACUACUGUGGCACGGGUUGCCAAGAGGGUCCUUGUACUUCACCACCAACUCUAAACAAUGUUUCGGUGGCUGAUAUAGUGACACCUCAAUUCUUUAAUGGGAUUUUGGAUGAGGCAGAAGAAAGUUGUGAAGGGAAGAACUUUUACUCAAGAGCAGCAUUUCUUGAAGCUCUCAAUUCCUAUCCUCAAUUUGGAAGGAUUGGCUCAAUUGAUGAUUCUAAGCGUGAGAUUGCUGCUUUCUUUGGGCAUGUCACCCAUGAGACUGGACAUUUUUGCUACAUUGAAGAGAUAAACGGUGCCACUAGGGAUUACUGUGAUGAGAGCAACACACAGUAUCCAUGCAACCCCGAAAAAGGUUACUAUGGCCGUGGACCAAUCCAGCUAUCCUGGAAUUUCAACUACGGACCAGCAGGGGAGAGCAUCGGCUUCGAUGGACUAAACUCCCCUGAAACGGUCGCCACAGUCCCUGUUAUCUCCUUCAAGACGGCCUUGUGGUACUGGGGGAACUUUGUUCAACCUGUCAUAGGCCAAGGGUUCGGGGCAACUAUUCGUGCCAUUAAUGGGGCUCUUGAAUGCGAUGGUGGAAACCCCGCUACUGUUCAGGCUAGGAUUGAGUACUAUACAGAUUAUUGUAACCAGCUUGGUGUUGAUCCUGGGCCCAAUCUAACCUGCUAGCUUGCAGCCUUCUUUAUAUAUAAAUAUAAGUGAAUUUCACAGUCAGUUAUGUUUUUCCUGUUUAGGUUAGUUAAAAACUAGUUUUAACUGGACGUACGGUUGCAAUGAAGUAUUAUGUUAUUCGUAAUCAUAUUGGAUCACCUAUUUAUGGAAAUUUCUGACUCAUGUUUUUAGAAA